AACAUCUUUAAUGGACUGAAUGAACAACGCGUAUAGAUGUCUGGCCAAAGCGGUAUAUGGCGUGAACCCGGAGUUUACAAUGGACACCAUUGGGAAUUUGCACGGUGGCUUGAGCCAUGAGCAAACUGGCGACCUGAUGAACCACAGUCCUCACCAUCGGCAGUCGGUCUCGGUGGCUCAUCGGGACCUGACCACCCGCUCGGCCAUGGUGUCCAGCAUGGCCUCCAUCCUGGAGGGAGCCGGCGACUACAGACCCGAGCUGUCCAUCCCUUUGCACCCCACCUUGAGCAUGGCCUGCGAGUCCCCCCCGGGAAUGGGGAUGAGCAGCACCUACACCACGCUGACCCCACUCCAGCCCCUGCCACCCAUCUCCACCGUGUCGGACAAGUUCCACCACCCGCACCCCCACCACCCGCACCCGCACCCGCACCCCCACCACCACCACCACCACCACCAGCGGCUCCCGGGCAACGUGAGCGGGAGCUUCACCCUGAUGAGAGACGAGAGGGGGCUUCCGACCCCCAUGAACAACCUGUACAACCCCUACCACAAGGACGUGUCCUCCAUGAGCCAAAGCCUCUCGCCUUUGGCCACCAACCCCCUGGGCAACGGCCUGGGCUCCCUCCACGGCGGCCAACAGGGCAUCCAGCCGUACGGGGCCGUGGCCGGCAACCACGAGAAGAUGCUGAGCCCCAGCUUCGAGGCUCACUCGGCCAUGCUCGCCCGGGGCGAGCAGCACUUGCCCCGGGGUCUGGUGGGCGCCCCGUCGGCGGGGAUGAUGCCCCCUCACCUGAACGGGUUGCACCACCACCACCACCAUCACCACCACCACCACGGCGGCGGCGGGGGCGGGGGCGGGGGCGGGGGGGGCACCGGGCACCACCACCAGCCUCACGGACCGGCCGCCUUGGCUUCCAGCCGGGACCGGCCCGGGUCCUCCUCCUCCUCCUCGGGCUCCCAAGCCCACACCGGCUCGGGUCAGUUGGAGGAGAUCAACACCAAAGAGGUGGCGCAGCGCAUCACGGCGGAGCUCAAGCGCUACAGCAUCCCGCAGGCGAUCUUCGCGCAGCGGGUGCUGUGCCGCUCGCAGGGGACCCUCUCCGACCUCCUGAGGAACCCCAAACCCUGGAGUAAACUCAAGUCCGGACGGGAGACCUUCAGGCGCAUGUGGAAGUGGCUCCAGGAGCCCGAGUUUCAGAGGAUGUCGGCGCUGAGGCUCGCAGCGUGCAAACGCAAGGAACAAGAACAGAACAAGGAGAAGAACAAUACACCAAAGAGGGCAAGGCUAGUUUUCACCGACCUCCAGCGCCGGACUCUUUUUGCCAUUUUCAAGGAAAACAAACGCCCUUCCAAGGAGAUGCAGAUCACAAUCUCGCAACAGCUGGGCCUGGAACUGAGCACGGUCAGUAAUUUCUUUAUGAACGCCCGGAGAAGAAGCUUAGACAAGUGGCAGGAUGAGGCCCUUUCGAGCCCAGGGGCUUCAUCUUCCACCUCUAGCACUUGCACCAAAGCAUGAUUGAGGAAAGUGCUCCAGAACCUGGGCACGAUACUCAAAGCCGUCUAAUCUUUCUCCCCUUUUCUUUUGAAGAGACUGGGUUCAGUGGUGAGUGCGAUAGCACAAUCUAUGCGUUACACGUACAGAAGCACUGUGUCUUUCCGUCCGUCCUGGGAACAUGGGAACAGGACUAGUCCAUUCAUCCCCCUUGAGCCUG